AUAACAAUGGACUCAUGGAUUGUUGUCAAUUAUUUAGAGGAUGAAACCGUUGAGGCAGUACCAAACUUUUGGUAUCAUCAAAAUAAAUGUAUUUGGCCCACAAAAAAAAAUAUUCUUAAGCACUGUAUUGUCAAAAGAAUCCCAAUAACAGAAUUUGAUCACAAAUUUUUAAAAGCUAGAAUUCUAUGUUCAGCUGUAUCAUAUGAAGAAGCAAGGAAAAAGGCUUCCAAGGCGCAAUAUGAUUCUGAAUUGUCAGGUAUUGAAGAAAUGAAAAGUUCUAGAAAAGCCAGGGCAAAAAAAGAUAGAAGUUACAGUUCUUCUCCAUCACCUUUGACAGUGCAAAAAACAUCUAACACAAUUAGAGUAAUUAAAUCUCCUCCUCUACUGAGCACUGCACAUGUUAUACCAAAUAUUGGAACAGAUCAAAGUAUUUAUUCACCAACAAAAACAGUUCAAAAGCAAAAGUUAGAACAUAAGGAAACUGUAUUUUCUAUGUAUAAUUCAAGUGCAGAUUCAUCAAAUUCUAGUGAGAUUGAUAAUGAUGACGAAUCAAAGGAUCCUGAUUAUUCAAUCAUGGACUCAAUGCCUGCUGAAACAUAUGACUGCACCAUUAUACAUUCACCGGCUGGUAAAUUUCUUGUAGAACUAAACAAUGAACUAAAAGAUAAUACAGGAAAUCCAAAGGCUAUUGAAGUAAACAAUAUUAAAACAAAUUUACCGAGCAACAAAUAUAAAAGGAAGUUGUUUAAUAAUGAAAAAUCAUUGACAUCUCCUCGCAAGCCUGCAGUUAAACUGAGUAGAAUGGUGAUUGAUCAAGCAGAUUUUCAAAAUUUGGUUACAAAACAACUUGUCACAUUAAGAUAUACAGUUGAUGUUAUGAAUACAAGCAUUGCUGCAACCUUACAAAACAUUGAACAAAAAAUUGAUGGAUAUUUCAAGUAUGCAGCUACUGGAAAUACGAGUGGUAUUACAAACGAUUCAUUUGAUGAUGGUUUCUUGUGGCCAUUAGAAAAUGAAGAACAACUUCAGGAAUUGGAACAAACACUUAAAAAUAAUGAUAACAACUUUAACCGUUGUCUAGUAAAUAAAAUGUCGCUUAUGAACUCCAAUACAGUUGAACGUAGUGUCCGCAGAAUUUUAAAGUAUAUGUUUACUGAUGAACUUCUUGAGCAAUUUUCAUACACAGGAUUUAAAAAACCUAAAAAGUCGUUUUCAAAAUUACUCUCAUGCCAAAUUGUUAUAGAUGCUAUACGGAGUUCUUCUCUAUUUAAAACCACAACACUGCAGAAUAUAGAAAAACCUAUUAAGGCCUGGCUGGCUCAAGCAAAAUUUAGAAAAAUCUCCAUAAUAUAAACUAAAAUAUAAUUAUAAUG